AUGAAGGACUGGCGCUGGAUACCCUUUCAAAGAGUGAUCUGUCCCUCACCAGACUACCCAUCCUUUAAGAUGUCCCAGUCCACUGUCACUGAAGAGGGAGGCACCUUUGAGCACCUGUGGAGUUCCCUUGAGCCGGACAGCACCUACUUUGAGCUCCCACCAGGCAGCCAGCCAGGUGAGCGGCCAGUGCCCUCCACCAGCACCCCGGGGAGCCACUGCAGCGCUGCCGAGGUCUCCAUGGACGUCUACCAUAUGAGGGACCUGAACGACAAUGUGAUGUCCCAGUACAACCUGCUGAGCAGCAGCAUGGAGAGCCUGGGGAGCCGUGCGACCUCCGCCAGCCCCUACAGCUCCGAGAACGCCUCCUCGUCGGCCGUGCCCACCCCCUCACCCUACUCUCAACCCAACUCCACCUUCGAGGGCCUGUCGCCUGCCCCUGCCAUCCCCUCCAACACCGACUACCCUGGACCGCACACCUUCCAGGUGUCCUUCCAGCAGUCCAGCACCGCCAAGUCUGCCACAUGGACUUACUCACCCCUGCUGAAGAAGCUCUACUGUCAGAUUGCAAAGACCUGUCCGAUCCAGAUCAAACUGUCCGCCUCUCCUCCACAUGGCAGCAUCCUCAGAGCCAUGCCUGUUUACAAGAAGGCGGAGCACGUCACAGAGGUGGUCAAGCGCUGUCCCAAUCAUGAACUGGGACGAGAUUUCAAUGACGGUCAAGCAGCCCCAGCCAGUCACCUGAUCCGGGUGGAGGGGAACAACCUCUCUCAGUAUGUGGACGAUCCUGUCACUGGCCGACAGAGCGUCUUCGUGCCCUAUGAGUCUCCUCAGGUGGGGACUGAGUUUACUACCAUCCUGUAUAACUUCAUGUGCAACAGCAGCUGUGUGGGUGGCAUGAACAGAAGACCCAUCCUCAUCAUCAUCACUUUGGAGACCAGGGAUGGCCAAGUCUUGGGCAGGAGGUCGUUUGAAGGUCGGAUAUGUGCGUGUCCUGGCAGAGACCGCAAAGCCGAUGAGGACCACUUCAGGGAACAACAGGCCCUGAAUGAGAAUGUGGCCAAAAAUGGCAGUGCCAGUAAGCGCAACCUCAAACAGAGUCCGCCGAACAUCCCGAGUCCAAAUAUUAACAUGAGGAAGAGACGACACGGAGAAGAAGAGAUUUACUACAUUCCUGUUCGUGGCAGAGAGAACUUCGAGCUGCUGAUGAAGAUUAAAGACAGUCUGGAGCUGGUGGAGCUGGUGCCGCAGCCGCUGGUCGACUCCUAUAGACAACAAACACAGCAGCAACUGCUGCAGAGACCGAGUCAUGUAUCAUCCCCCUCCUCUUACUCUCCAAUGUCCAACAUGAACAAGCUUCAUGCCCACGGAGGCCUGAGCAAACCGCCCUCAGUCAACCAUCUGGUGGGGCAGCAGCCCCAGCAACACCCCACUGCCCCCACAUCCAUAGCUCAUAUGGGCUCAAACAUGCUCAACAGCCACCACAUGCAGGCCAACGGUGAUAUGAACGGGGGCCACAGCAGUCAGACUCUAAUGUCUGCCUCCCACUGCAGCCCGCCCCCUCCGUAUAACCCUGACCCCAGCCUCGUCAGUUUCCUGACCAGUCUCGGCUGUCAGAACUUCAUCGAGUACUUCACCUCCCAAGGCUUCCAGUCGAUCUACCAUCUUCAGACUCUCACCAUGGAGGAUUUAGGUGCGCUGAAGAUACCGGAGCAGUCCCGCCACACAAUCUGGAGAGGUCUGCAGGACAUGAAACAUGGCGCUCCCAUCCAGCUCCCAGCCUCUAACCAUCACCAUGACUACCAAGGGCAGCAGCUUCUUCGCUCCAGUAGCAACAUGGCCGCCUCUGCGAUGGCUGCCAUCGGUGCUUCUGGUGGGGAACUGCAACGCCAGCGCGUCAUGGAGGCCGUGCACUUUCGCGUCCGCCACACCAUCACCAUCCCCAACAGGGCAGGUGUCGUUGGGACGUCAGGUAUGGCAGCACCUGGUGAUGAGUGGGCUGACUUUGGUUUCGACAUGCCCGACUGCAGAAUGUCACGUAACAAACACUCCAUCAAGGAGGAGUUCAUGGAAAGUGACGUUCACUGA